AUGGCGCCCACCACCACCACCAAGACUACUGUGCAGACACCUCCCAAGACUGAGGGUCCGCCUAAGCUUUCCGACAUGAAAGACAGCAUCGAUCAGACCACAUUUGAACAGAUCCUGGAGAUGGACGAUGAAGAUGACGAUAUGGACUUCAGCAAGGGAAUUGUUUUCGGCUUCUUUGACCAAGCUGAAACUACCUUUAAAAAGAUGGAAAAGGCUCUAGAGGAGCGUCAACUCAGCGAGCUAUCUUCAUUGGGACAUUUCUUGAAAGGCUCGUCAGCUACUCUGGGAUUGACUAAGGUUAAGGAUGCAUGUGAGAAGAUUCAGAACUACGGUGCCGGGAAGGAUGAGACGGGUACCAACAACGAAUCGGAAAAGGAGUGUCUGGAGAAGAUUAAGAAGACCCUGUCGGACUGCAAGGUGGACUACAAAGAAGUAGAGAGCUUCCUUCGCAGAUUUUACGGCGACACCAGCCACAUCAACAGCGACAACAAGAAUGACGACAAGUAG